GUAAUUGGUAGACUGAAGACUACUCGCGGCGGUCCGACAAGACGACGACGACCAGCACAAGAUCAGCGCGGUCCUCUUCAAUACCAUCCACGUCGAGACACGUCGAACGCGAAACAGUCAAACUGUUUGACAGAACCCUCAAAUCACUCCCUUCACACAUUCUUUUUACGGACCGAAUCUUCUUUGAACAAUUAUGCGUUCAGCAAAAAUGAAAAUUGGCUGCGAACACGAACAAGAUUCGUCUGACCAUGUCCACGUGGCGGGCUUCACUCGGGAACACAAUUUUGGUUUUUUGUCUCAAGGUAUUUCAAAACUCUCGUGCUCUAUUUCUCAGGACAUUUGGCCUUCCUUUUGCAAGAUAUCUGAAUUUUAUUUUACCAUCUGAAUUUAAAAUGUCACUAAACGGAUUCGGCGAGCACACGAGAUCUGCCUCACAUGCCGGAUCAUGGUACAACGCCAACCAGCGAGAUCUUGAUCGGCAACUCACAAAAUGGCUUGACAACGCCGGUCCACGGAUUGGAACGGCUCGAGCGUUGAUUUCACCACAUGCGGGAUAUUCGUAUUGUGGAGAAACAGCUGCAUAUGCUUUCAAACAAGUUGUUUCAUCAGCAGUUGAAAGAGUCUUCAUUCUUGGCCCAUCUCACGUUGUUGCUCUAAAUGGAUGUGCUAUAACCACAUGCAGCAAGUACAGAACUCCACUCGGCGACUUGAUCGUUGAUCACAAAAUUAACGAGGAGCUUCGUGCCACUCGUCAUUUCGAUUUGAUGGAUCGCCGAGAUGAAGAAUCAGAGCAUAGUAUUGAAAUGCAACUCCCAUUUAUUGCAAAGGUUAUGGGUUCAAAACGUUACACCAUUGUUCCGGUACUUGUUGGAUCUUUACCAGGAUCUAGGCAGCAAACGUAUGGAAAUAUUUUUGCUCAUUACAUGGAGGAUCCAAGAAACUUGUUUGUGAUCUCUUCGGACUUUUGCCAUUGGGGAGAACGCUUCAGCUUUUCUCCGUACGAUCGUCAUAGUUCUAUUCCGAUUUAUGAGCAGAUAACCAAUAUGGAUAAGCAGGGAAUGAGCGCAAUUGAGACGCUUAAUCCGGCAGCUUUUAAUGACUACCUCAAAAAGACCCAGAACACGAUUUGUGGGCGUAAUCCGAUAUUGAUAAUGCUGCAAGCAGCCGAACAUUUCCGGAUCAGUAACAAUCACACUCACGAGUUUAGAUUCUUGCAUUACACACAAUCAAACAAGGUUCGAUCAUCGGUCGAUUCUUCUGUUUCUUAUGCUUCAGGAGUUCUAUUUGUACAUCCAAACUGACAUCCCGCCAGUCCUUCACUCUUUUUUCUACGUAUUUUCUUUUGCAACUACUGUCUUCUUCCUGAAUUGUUGUGUAAUAUGUGUAAAUUGAAAAUCUGUUUAUAGGCUCUUUUCUCCUUCUAUUCAGGAUUCGAGCACAGUUAAUUGUGUUACUUCAUCAACUUUUCACCUCCACCUAAAUUUUCGAAUUUUCUCCCAUUCCGAUUGAAAACUUUCGAACUAUUCAAAUGAUAUUUCCAACUUUAUUGUGAUUGGCAAAUAAACAAUUAAUUCACA